AUGCGAACCACCACUGUCUUCCUCAGCUUUGCGGCCUUUGCCGUCAUGGCUGUUUCUACCAAAACGUCUACCAAAACGCCGAGCUGUCAAGCCGAUGAGUACUACAACAAGAUGAUGGAAAGCCGAAACCGCAAGACGGCCAUCACAGACUGUGCCAAGUGGCUGGAUGGCACCAUUACUGAUGCCUCAGCCAUCCCUAACUACCUCAAGGACUGCAGCGGAGAUGAUGAAGGGGAGCGUGUCAGCCGUGUCUCGGCCGCCUGCUCUUGCGUCGUAACCGCUGUCCCGACAACUUCGUCGACGAACGCCGACGUUAGUACCACACUGUCGAGCCCAGCUAUCAUAACGUCUUCGAGUCCUCCCGACUACAUUCCCUUAACUUCGUUGAGCCCCACGGGCUUGAUAUCAUCCACAGAUAUACCACCCUCAACAUCGUCAUCUAUCUGUGCACUCGUCAUUUUCGGAGAUAUACCAGUCAUCCCCGCAAUCGACAUCUUCGUCCGCGCCUCCCACGGAGCACACCAGUUCGUCACCCAACGAAUCCCAGUCGACGACAUCUCAUUCUCAGUCGACAUCUUCGUCAUCCACUCUGGGAUCACAAAAUACGACAAGUCCUUCUACUUCAAUUCGCUCCCAAACGAUGGACUCGGAAACGACCUACACUAUAACAUCCUGUGCUGCGAAUGUCCCCAGCUGUCCAGCAUCCAGUACAACAGUCGUUACCUCUACCAUCCCAGUUUCUACCACCAUCUGUCCGACUCAGCCUCCUCAUACACCCUGACAAAGUGCACACCUGGAGUGGACAACUGUCCAGCGGGAAGCACACUCGUGGCCACGACACUCAUCCCCGUGAGCACGACCGUUUCACCCGUCACAAACACCGUGUUCAUGCCCGAGAAUGAGACUCAAGGUAGCAGUGACACCAAGAAUGCUGUGCCCACUACCCAGACCGGCAGGUCAAACGGAGACCAUGGACAGCCAGAUUCGACCUCCACCAGUUUCACGAUAGUCUCCGUGCCCACGACCAUCCAAGCCACAAUGAGCGGAAGUCCCACCGCCAUUCUGACAGUGAUACCAGUCACCAGUGCAUUACCAAUCGGCCAAAGCGUCGGUUCUAGCCUCGCCCCCUCCUCAAUUGCUGAUGCUCACGCAGGAGAGAUCUCAUCGCCUGGUGUUGGCCCCUCUGAUGCUGAACACGAGUCAGCUGCACCUGUGCUUUCCAAGUCCCAUCCGCAUGCCACACGAUCAACUGAGCUCAUCAGGUCGGGUCUCACCACGAACCCAACGACGCCGACUAACAGUAUCAUCGUGGCUGGGUCGUCGCGGCCGUCGGUUGUCACUGCGGGUGCUCCUGGUCUCUUUCGUAGCGAUGGCGUACAGUUUGCCUUUGUUGCUUUCGUUCUAGUAACGCUUUUCUAA